GCUAGUUCAGACAUGGCGGAUUCCGCGCGGAUGCAAAUCGCGCGGUUCUAAACGCAAGUGUUCAGACAGGCGCGGAUGUACAUGCGGAGUGCCGUUAUUCGCAUAGGGUGACAGUCCAAUCAUGGAAGUCGAAGAAGCAAUAUGUGUGUACUUGUUGCUCCGUAAAAAAGAAAGAAAGAAGAAACGGCAGUAUUGGGUGCAUCCAAUAUUACGCGAUCGGUUUACUCAUGGUCAGUUUCAGACUUUAUAUCCAAAAUUAAGAAGUUUUGAACCAAAAUUCUUCAAUUAUUUGAGAAUGUCGAUAAAUUCAUUUGAUGAAUUAUUAGAAAUGAUGAGUAAACAAAUUGAAUCUAAUGAUACCCAUAUGAGGUCAAGCGUGUCCCCAGAAGAAAAACUCGUGAUCACAUUAAGAUAUCUGGGUACUGGUUGUUCCUUUGGAGAACUACAUUACAACUUUCGUCUUGGCAAAUCUACAAUCACAGGAAUUGUCCGUGAAGUAUGUGAAACUCUGUGGGAAAAAGUCACAAAAAACGUCAUGCCUGAACCCAGCGAAGAUAUAUGGAAGAAAAUAGCUAAAGAUUUUGAAAAAUAUGCAAAUUUUCCCAAUUGCAUAGGCGCCAUAGAUGGCAAGCAUAUAAGGAUUACAAAACCCAAAGAUUCGGGUUCUUUGUAUUAUAAUUACAAAACUUUUUUUUCCAUAGUACUGUUGGCACUUUGUGAUAGUAACUAUUGUUUUACUUUCAUAGAUAUCGGAUCUUACGGAAAAAGUAGUGAUUCUGCAAUUUUUAAAAAUUCAGCAUUUUAUAAAAGGUUAUCAAGAGCUCGACGUUUUAUUGAAUGCACUUUCGGAAUUCUGGCAAACAAGUGGCGCAUUUUUCAUAGGCCUAUAAACGUGAAUAUAGACUUUGCCGAAGACAUAAUAAAGGCCUGUUGCGUGCUACACAAUUUUGUUAGAACUAGAGAUGGUAUACAGUAUGAAGAUACUUUACAUACUGCGCCAAUGAGUAAUCUUAUUACAUUACAUGCAGGAAGGGGUACACCAUCAUCAUUAAACAUUAGAGACAAAUAUGCUAAUUACUUUGUGAAUGAGGGUCGUGUAGAAUGGCAAGACACGAAAAUAUGAAAUUAAAAUUGUUACAGUUCGCGCCAAAUAACUAAACUCAAGAUGGCGCGUCGCGUUGGUGGGUUGUACAUAUUACAGUUAAUAGCUAUACGUUACUGUGGUAACGUGAUAGUUUUCCCGCGCUCGUUACGUACCGCCAAACAACGUUAUACACAUUUCAGUUAUUUGGGGUGGACUGUCUACGACAAAACAUGUAAACUACCCUGGUAAAAUGUAUAAUUAAAUGUCUACUGACCAAAAAGAACCUUCUUUUCCAAAGAAUCCUCAUUUUCUCCAAAAAUCUCCACCAGCUCCUGCCAAGCUCCGUUUUUAAUCGUUUUGUUAGAAUAUUCUGCACAUUGGAUGUUCCACAAAGCAGGUCUUUUUUCCACCUCAUCGAUGAAUAGCUCGGUGUCGAAGCGAUCCAUUGUCACCGUCCGAUACGCGCGGCUUCCGCGGAGCAACUGAACGCCCUCUAGGUACGUCAAGUAAAUAAAACCGAGCGGCGACCGCGCGAAUUCAUUUUCUCGGUUGAGCCGCGCGGAUUGUCAAUCCGUGCGGACAGGUAUGAACGAUUUGUAAGGCGCUAAUGUAAUUAGGAUCCGCGCGGUUCAACCGCGCGAUUUGCAUCCGCGCGGAAUCCGCCAUGUCUGAACU